AUUCUCAUUACAGAAUGAGUGUUUUCUCUAAAUUUUGUGGACUUUUUCGUGAUCUGAUCAAAUCAUCGAGUGAUGGUGAUAUCGCUCUAGAUGAUUACUUGAUCAUGAAUCGCAAACGAACCACAAUCAAAGGUUUGUUGGUAGUUUCUUUAUAUGUUGUCAAAAUACUUGACGCUCUAUCGAAGGCCAAAAUUGCCCAUGGAUUAAUUAAAUGUUCAACUUUCUAUGCCACCAAAAAUGGACUCAUACGGAUCCGUGAAAGAAGUUCAAAGGAAAUCAAUAAAAUUAGUGAUUGUUUUUGGUUAUCACCUGAACGUUUCGAUUCUCAAGGUGGUCCAACAGUCGAAGACGAUAUAUUUGCUCUUGGUAUAACUUUAUGGGAGAUUUUUAGUUUUGGACGAAAACCGAAUGGAUUUGCUUAUCAACUUCUUUGUCCACCAUCAUGUCCAUCAGAAAUUUGGAAAAUAAUUCAACAGUGUUGGUCUCAAGAUCCAUGUGAUAGACCAAAACCUAAUGAAUUGUGGGAACAAAUUAUCCAAAUUGAAUUAAACUACAGCGAAUUAAAUGAUCUUAAGACUGUAGUUCAUAAUCGUAAUGAUAACUCACCAUCAUUAUGGACAAUUUCAUCGAAAGGUACACAACCUAUUAUCAAUGAUGGUAAACCUAAGAGAGUUGAUCCAUCUUGGGUCAUUCCGGUUAAUCGUCUUCAAAUAGUGAAGACUUUUAAUGGUCGAGAAGCCAUUUUGGGAACUGGAGCUUAUGGUGAAGUCUUGAAAGCUCGUUAUCCUGCUGAUUCGAAUAAUUUUGUGGCCGUUAAGCGAAUUAACCGACGAGCAAAGGAACGUAAUGGUCAAAGAAUCAUCACUGAUGUUGAACGUGAAUUCCAAAUAAUGACCAAAGUAUUUCAUCCAAACAUCGUCAGCAUUAUUGGAAUAGUUAAAGAUCCUGAGAUAAUGUUAGUCAUGGAAUUCAUGGAACUUGGAUCUUUGGCCAAAUUUCUUCGUAAACUAGAACCUAAUGAAUUGAAAUCGAUACCAUUGCAAAAAUAUGCUCAUGACAUUGUCUCUGGAAUGGAAUAUCUUGAAAAAAUGAGGAUCGUACAUAGAGAUCUUGCCGCUCGAAAUAUACUCAUGUCCUCGACUGACACUGUAAAGAUAUCAGAUUUUGGUUUAGCUCAAUCACUUGGACCAGGAGAGGAUGUUUAUUUUGUCAGAACUCCUCGUUAUUUGCCAUUUAAAUGGUACGCGCCCGAAUCGAUCAGAAAUGAUCCCAUUUUCACUCAUAAAUCUGAUGUCUGGAGCUUUGGUGUCACUUUAUGGGAACUUUUCAGUCUUGGUGCUAUUCCAGAUUAUCCAGUUAAUCCGAAUUCAAUUGCUGAUUUACUUAAAUUUCUAGAAGGAGGAGGAAUUCUAAGCAAACCUGGUAAAGGAAUUCCGAAUACCGAUAAAUUCUGGGCAAUUAUGGUUAAUUGUUGGAAAAUCAACUCAUCAGAACGUCCUAAUUUCACUCAACUCAAAAACGAAAUUGCUAAAAUUUGUAACGAGAUUCAAUUGAAACAUUAACAAUUAAUUGUUCAACAAUUUUUACUAAAUUAACUAAAGCAUUUGCUGUUUCUACACUAA